AGUGUGUGUGUGUCUGUCUGUGGGAGUAUCAGCAUGACAAACAACCAGUGAGUACAGUGCUGGUGAACAGAGUGCAUGUUUACAGUAACUCAAUUUAAUAAAAGCGAACCAGCUGCUUCUCCACGGCCAUGGAUUGAACAUCAGACUAACGCUUACGCGACGCUACUCAUCGCUGUCUACUAGUUGGCGUGCGUGUUGCCAGAAACUCAAGACCACUGAUCUCUUUGAGAAAUAUUCAAAGGAUAUGGUGAUGAUUUCUAAGCAGAGGAGCGUACUAUUUUAAACAACAUGAGCAAAAAAUCUACAAACGUGUCUGAGGUGGAGGACCACAUUUCUCUGAAGUAUGAAAUCAAGAAGAGACUCGGAAAGGGGGCUUAUGGCAUCGUAUGGAAAGCAGUUGACAGACAGACAGGCGAGAUUGUGGCUGUGAAGAAGAUCUUUGAUGCCUUCAGGAACAGGACAGAUGCCCAGCGGACGUUCAGGGAAAUCAUGUUCCUCCAGGAGUUUGGAGAUCAUCCCAACAUUGUCAAACUUCUAAAUGUUGUCAGAGCUCAAAAUGAUAAAGACAUAUACCUCAUAUUUGAAUAUAUGGAUACCGACCUGCAUGCAGUGAUAAAGAAAGGCUCCCUGCUGAAGGACAUCCACAAACGUUAUGUGAUGUACCAGCUCCUCAAAGCCAUCAAAUACCUGCAUUCAGGAAAUGUUAUCCACAGGGACCAAAAGCCAUCUAAUGUACUGCUGGACACUGACUGUGUAGUCAAGCUGUGUGAUUUUGGCCUGGCCAGAUCCCUCAAUCAUAUCCAAGAGGACAGUGGGAAUCCGGCACUGACGGAGUACGUGGCCACGCGGUGGUACCGAGCUCCUGAGAUCCUGCUGGGAUCCACGAGGUACACUAAAGGUGUGGACAUGUGGAGCCUCGGCUGUAUCCUGGGAGAGAUGCUGCUUGGAAAAGCCCUGUUCCCCGGGACGUCCACCAUUAAUCAAAUAGAGAAGAUCAUGAUCGCCAUACCACACCCCAGCCCAGAAGAUAUUCUUGCAAUCAAGUCUGAAUAUGGAUCCUCUGUCAUUCAGAGAAUGUUACUGAAACCACAGGUGCCUUUAAAGGAUCUUCUCCAGCCUUCUGCGCCUCCUGAUGCUCUGGACCUGUUGAGAGCUUUGCUAGUUUUCAACCCAGACAAGCGGCUGACUGCUGAGCAAGCGCUCCAGCACCCAUAUGUAGCCAGGUUUCAUAAUCCAGCCAAGGAGCCAGCUCUUAACUAUGAUGUCGUGCUAACGGUGGAUGAUAAUGUGCAAUUAUCUGUUGUUCAGUACCGCAACCAACUUUAUGAGAUGAUACUGGAGAGGAGAACUAAUCAGGGGGUGCUAAGGCUGCCAAAAGACGUAGGCUGUGUCAGCAGCACGGAGAAGCCCAAAGUGAAGGACAAAGUAGAGAAGGGCGCAGCGGCAGCAGAUGGGGACGAAGACCACGAGGGGAAAACACAACAUGAAGAAACAAACCACGAGCCUUCAUACACAGUCACUAAACCUGGGCCUGUGAACAUCUCAACUCCUCUUGCUGUAGAGAAGACGAGUCCAUUAUCAAGCCCUUGCUUGGGAAAGCUCACAUACAACCCCAUCACACAUGCCCCAAAUGGUUUUGUUCGGAGUCCAGCUGGUCCUCCUCAUAACUACCCCUCUGCUGCAGCCAGCAGGAAACUACUGGCCCAGAUGAGUAAUGGAGAUGCAACAGCAUCACCAACAGAGGGCGCCAACACGAAUGUAUCUAUGGACCAGAUUCUCCAGCGUGGCCGCUCAGCCCCUGUUGUCCAUAACCGCUCCUUCUCCUUGACCCUGAACCAACCCCAGAACAACCUGCUGGUACGCAAGGAUGAGCCAUCCCUGUCCUCUGGGCUAUGCGUCACAUCUGCACGCUUGAACCAGCGCUCCAACUCUCAGGUUCGAGAGACUCGGUCACCGACUCGGUUCAGCAGGAAAGUAUUUCAGAGUAACUGUAAUGUGGCAGCUGCAGGCGACCCCCGAGCCAAACUUGGCAGCUAUUCCCAAGCCUAUGGUACCAUCAACAAGACUGAUCUAGACAAUCUGCUUCGGAGCCGUCCUUACAAUCAGUAACGGCUGACAUGUCAACAACAACAAAGGGGCCGAACGAACCCACACAAGAUGUGCCUUGCACAAGGAUGUUAGAUACAAAGCAAGCUGAAAAAAAGACUGUUGCACCUCUUGUAAAUUGUAUAUAUGGAGACAUAUCUGUUGCUGUAGAUUUUCCAAAGGCCUGAUUACCAUUGAGCACCUUUGAGCACAUUAUCAUCUGAAAUGAAACAUUCACAUGCUGAAUAUUCUUAAAUAUGUUUGUUUUAACUAAUUAUCAGCCAGGGCGUCAAUAGAGGCUCACAAAAUACCUUUUACCCCGGGGUCCAAUGCAGGGUCCAACCAGACAUGCUUUUUCAUGUAAUCUAUAGCCAAUGAGCUAUAGGAUAACGAUUGUAUGCACAUCAAGCCAGUGGGUUGUUGAUGGACACAUGACAAUUGUAAAAUAUGCAAUAACUGUUUGAAUUGAUGAUUCAACAAUUAAUUGUUUUUCAUGUGAAUGCAGCAGCAAUAAACCUACUUGUUCCUGAAAGAAAAACAUUCCCGAACCCAGUUUAAAAUGUUGAACCAACAUGGAUGAGUAUGGCAAUAAACCACCAUAAAGUUUAAUAAUUAACAGAGGUGGAAGUUCUCAGAUCCUUGCUUUUUACUUCAAAUUCUUUAUACUUUGACCUUUUGGGGUUUCAAACUUGUAUUUAUAUUUUCCAAAAUUGAUGGUAAUUAGAAGUCUAGAGGAAAAUCUCUCUGGUGGAAAUGCUAACAAUGCAUAGGCAUCUGAGACAUGUCGAGGGGCCUUAGUUCGCAAGCCUAAAAAAAAGCCUGGAAAUCACUAGUUUAGUCUUAAACAAUUAUUGUAUUUAUAUGUUUUUUUAUAUCUAAAUUUGUAAUCUGAAAAGUUUCAUAACUACAGCUGUCAGAUAAAUAAAGUACAAAGUACUUGA